AUGGACGUAGUCGAGAAGGGAAUUACUCGUGUGCUAACGGCAGCUAUGCGACCGCUACAGACUUACUCCGUCUUCUACCGUAGAAUAUCCUUGAGACACCGGCGUAGCAUAAGGACUUUGAUAUUGGCUGGCGUCUUUCUGGCCGGCUUCCGAGCACUGAUCCUAGUCCUGCUCCAGGUGCGUCAUACGUCCAACCAACCUGAACUGCCACUGACAUCUUCACAGGGACGUCAUCCUGACAAACAGCCACCCUAUGCGCAGUAUGAUCUUACACAAUUCGAGCCUCUGAACAUUACCGGAUUCAUGAAUGAUGGGCAUUCAGGAAAGCGCCCCUGCGACGACCUCAGACGAGAGAGCGGCUUGAAAGUUCAAAAAAGUUGGUUCCUACAAGAUGACAUGGUACACAUUGCUCGACUGCUGAACGACCAUCCCAUGGUCGAUUACUCUCGACAGGAUGGAACCCUGACAUUUGAAGAGGUGGUUUCUCAGACGUGGACAAGGUUUUGUGGAUCAAGCGUCUGGCUACAGAAACAUCAAGUUUUCCUGACUGUCACACGAGUCAUCUUCUACACCGAAGAUAGAAAGCAAUGGCCAAUUGUUAGUUUCCUUCGAGGUCAAGUCUACGACAGGAACUGGAAUGAGUUGAGAGAUCAUACCUUGCGUUGGCAGGGUCGGAAUAUCGUUUUUCCUAUCCUGUUCCCCAUUUCAUUCCCAUAUCUGGAGGGCCACCGUUUCUUUGGUCCCGAAGACCCAAGGGUACUCAUCGACGAAGGAAUUGAAGAUCCUGAACCUCUAAUUGUUUUCAACAUGAUCUACAAAACAGAUCCAUGGACAAGGGGCAUGCAUGUUUUUAGACCUUUCACAAAUAUCUCUACUGUUUUGACCAUUAAUGGGGACGCAGAAAGGGCCGAGGCGGAGAAGAAUUGGGCUCCGUUCUUCUUGGAUGAAGCGAAAGAUCCUGUGAAAGGGGGCAAGGGGCAGCCAAACGAGUAUCUGCAUUUCAUUUACAGAUUCAAUCCCUUGACCGUACUCAAGUGCAAGAUAGCCAACGGACUUUGCGAUCUCGUUUAUGAGCAGGAAAUUGCUACAUACUUACCUGGAAGCCACGACGAUGAUCAUGGGCGGAUGACUGGCGGCACAAAUUUAGUGCCUUUGCCGAUCAAGUCAAAACUUGGAGCGAGCUUAUAUCUUGGGUUUCCUAGAUCUCAUGUGGAUGUAGGAUGCAAUGGGGAAAGCCUCUACAGACCCGCCCUCAUGAUUCUAAGUGAGUAUAAAGGGCAUUUUCAUGUUGAAUACAUGUCAGAUUCGAUUGAUUUUGGAUCGGCAGCGUUUUCGGAAGAAGCUUUCCUCGACCCUUGCGGAGAAGGCCGGAUUUUGAUCGCUAACAGCAUUGCGAAAUGGGAUCGCUCGCAUGGGCAGGAUACACUCACACUAUCGCUUUCCGUCGCGGACGCAACUGUCCAGGUGCUACAGCUCCAAGGUCUAUUUGGUGUUAUUGAGCGGCUGUAUGCCGAAGAUGACUCGCCCAUCGAUAUGGCUCACCGGUUGCAGCUCAGUGUGCUCGGCAGAUGGUCUGAUGCAGCGAACCAUGUGCUCGGGUGCUCAAUAGAGGCCGCUACGAACUAUUCAACAGCGUUCUACGUAUCUGGCUUCUACAAACUGCAAGAAGCCAUCGCGAAUGGGUACUGA